CCACAUCCCGCGUUUCAAACAAGCGAUUCCAAAAGCGAGAAAAGUGCGUGCGUUCGCAUUGUUCACUCACCAUACGCACUUCCAUUUUCAUCUCCCACCGUCGCAUUUUCUUCGGAUCUGAAAUUCCUCACCAUGAAUCGCCACCACGAUCCCAAUCCAUUCGACGAAGACGAAGUCAAUCCCUUCUCGAACGGUGCUGCUCCUGGAUCUAAAUCACGUAUUCCACCAUUGGCAUCCGAACCACUGGGCUUUGGUCAAAGACAUGAUGCUACAGUUGAUAUUCCUUUGGAUACCACAAAUGAGCCUAAAAAAAAAGGUCAAGAGCUAGCAGCUUGGGAAGCAGAUUUGAAAAGGAGAGAAAAGGAUUUAAAAAGAAGAGAGGAUGCUGUUUCUAGAGCUGGUGUGCCUGUUGAUGAUAAGAAUUGGCCUCCGAUUUUCCCAAUUAUUCACCAUGAUAUUGCCAAUGAGAUACCGGUUCAUGCUCAGAGGCUGCAAUAUUUGGCCUUUGCAAGUUGGUUAGGAAUUGUUCUCUGCCUUGUUUUUAAUGUAGUUGCUGUGAUGGUCUGUUGGAUCAGAGGCGGUGGUGUUAAAAUUUUUUUCCUUGCGGUGAUCUAUGCUCUACUUGGUGUUCCCCUUUCAUAUGUGCUUUGGUACAGGCCCCUUUAUCGUGCUAUGAGGACGGAUAGUGCACUGAAGUUUGGCUGGUUUUUCAUGUUCUACUUGCUUCAUAUUGCAUUUUGCAUCUUUGCUGCAAUUGCACCUCCAGUUGUUUUUCAUGGGAAAUCAUUAACGGGCAUCCUUGCAGCAACUGACGUCUUCUCAGACCAUGUAUUGGUUGGGAUAUUCUAUUUGGUUGGAUUUGGCCUGUUUUGCUUGGAGUCUCUUCUAAGCUUGUGGGUAAUUCAGAAAAUAUACCUGUUUUUCCGGGGGCAUAAGUGAGGCUACUCAGGAUUUUGAUCCAUCGGCUUUUAUGAUAUCAGUCACUUCCCGGCGUGGCUUAGUAUAUUCUUUCUUUUUGUCUAUCCUCUUUUUUCGCUUGCAAUAUUUUCGUGUGAUAUUGUUUGUUGUUGUAGUCUAGUUCUUGUUACAGAGCUUAGUGUGUAAUUUCCUGUGUAAUGAAUUCUGUGAAGUUUAGUAAUUUUCUAGUGUAACAAUAACCAAGCUUUGCUUUCGAUAAGCAUAUAUGUAGUGGAUUUCCAUAAGGAAUUAUUGUAGUGCUAUUGUAGUUGUGAAUAGUGACACCCCUCGGAGGUUUUCUAUUUGUAA